AUGUCUGAAUACGAUCUAGACAUGAGUUUUGUGGUUGAUGACUUUAGCGAAUAUUGCCGACAAGAAGAUGGAUUCCAACAAUAUCAGUUUGAGCCUUUAAGAAAAUUAAAUCUUAGUGAAUUGGACUCUGAAAAUGACCGCUUGGUUCCUCCAACCAUACUAGAUCUUAUCUCUAAAACCGAAAACGGUAAUCUGACAGAGGGAAGCAGUAUAUCUCUGGUCUGUUCGGUGGAGAGUUUCCCUCCGGCCAAAAUACAGUGGUUCUAUAAAGCCAACAACACAGUUCUACUGACCACCCCAGAUGUCCUGGAGAGUACCUACACCCUGACUAACGCUGACUGUCUGGACACCGGACUCUACACCUGUUCUGUCAGAAAUAGUGUCUCUACCACAGCGGUCACCAGGGAUAUACCGAUCAACGUUCUCUGUAAACCACGAGAAGACUCUAGGGUGAUUGGUAAUCAUAAUUUUGGUUUGGCUCUCUCAGAAAACUUAACUGUUACUGCUAAGUUUCUGACCAAUCCUAUGCCAUCAUUCACUUGGUCGUUUCAAAACGCAUCUAGUGAGAAGACAGAAGAGCUUGUAAGCGGUGCACACAACUUUGGAACACACAAUUUCUAUUUUAUGACGAACCUAUCUGCAGUGUCGGUAGGGAUACGUACAAACAUGCAGGAACACUGGUACGGAACAUAUACCGUCACGGCCACAAACAGUCAGGGAAGUGGAAGGAUCAGCUUUAUAGUGGAAGCACAGGGAAAACCUAACCCUCCAUACGAAGGAGCAGUUAUUUGUCCCGGCCCAGACCAAGCCAUCCUUAGCUGGAAAUCGGCAUUUGAUGGAGGAUCCACCCAAACAUUUGCUGUCGGGAAAAAAAGCCAAACACAGGACAUCUUUGUUAUAGACAGAAUACUUGAUACCCCCGACCCAGGACAACACCGAACUGCCAACAUUUCUAUAUCUGGUCUAGCUGCUGGAACACAGCAUUUCUUUGUGGUGUUUGCUGUGAAUAGAUUUGGAAACUCGUCGAUUGAACGUGAAGUCAACUGCACAACAAAAUCUUUGCCUGUCCCUGAAGCCUCCCCCCUAGGUCCAAUACUAGGAGCAGCCGGUGGUUCCGCUGCAGCAGUCAUUGUCGUGAUUAUUGUAGUUAUCAUUGUGGUAACAAAGAAACGAAAGUCCGGAAAAAACAAAAGAGAUGAUGAUAUCGAAAUGAUCCCUGAAGAAAUAAGUCCUGGUGGUAGUUCAGACGGACUGAAACGUAACAUCUUGUAUGAGUCAUCUGAUGGGCUCAAGGCUAACAUUUUGUACGAGACAUCGGAUCCACAACCAGGAACCUCAUCAGAGUAUGCUGUAGUUCAAAAGAAAUCGAAAUCAAAGCCUGUAUCACCAGAUGCUGAAUAUGCUGUAGUUGACAAAACAAAAAAAGAAACCUCAAAACCAACAAAUGAUGUAUACGCAGAAGUAGUAAAACCUGCUGGAAAAGGUGGAAAAGAUAAACGCAAGAAGGGAGGAAAGAAAACAAAAGGCAGCGGUGAGGAGACGAAAAUCAGAAAAAAACCAGUUGCAAACGCUGAGAACGUUUAUGAAAAAGUUGAAGAUAUUGACGGAGCAUCGGGUAAUAUCUACGCCAAUUGUCAGGAUGGAGCCACACUUGCGUUGUACAAAGGACCGACCCGCAAAAGGAAUCAAGAUGGUCUUAUCUACCUGGAUGUCGAAUUUAAAGAGGAGAAGGAAAACGGCAGAAAUUAUGUGAUACACGGUAUUGAAAACAGAACUGAUUAUGCGGAUGUAGACUUCACGAAACGGGCAGAUCCACUACCGCCUGACAGCGAGGAUCCCAAACAGCCAUGACAAUUGAACAUAAUUCACUAAACUGUGAUUUUGUACACUGUUUCAUAAUCAUAUUUGGUUUGUUUGGUUUGUUUUUGUUCAACUUCCUAUUAACAGCCAGGGU